AUGUUUUUACAUCUGUUUUUUGACUGUGUCCUGCUCAUGCUGCUACUGCUUACAAGUUCUUUGAAAGGGGCAUAUGUGUCUCAGGUGGGUCAGAAUGCUGAUCUGCCCUGCACCUACUCUCCAGCUCCCACUGAGAAUCUCGUGCCUGUGUGCUGGGGCAGGGGACCCUGCCCUGUGUUUGAAUGUUACAGUUUGGUGCUCAGGACUGAUGGAAGGAAUGUGACCUUUCAGACGUCCAGCAGAUACCUACUAAAGAGGGAUUUGCACAAAGGAGACGUGACCUUAACCAUAAAGAAUGUGACUUUAGCUGACAGUGGGACCUAUUGCUGCCGGAUCCAAUUCCCAGGGCUAAUGAAUGAUCGAAAAUCAAACCUGGAGUUGAUCAUCAAACCAGCCAAGGUCACUCCAGCUUGGACUCCAUGGAGGGACAUCACUACAGCCUUUCCAAGGAUGCUCACCACAAAGGGACCUGUCUCAGAGACACAGACACUGGAGACCCUCCAUAAUAAAAAUCAGACAGAAAUAUCCACACUGGCUACUGAGUUACAAGAUAUGAGUGCCACCACCACAACAGGCCUCUACAUAGGAGCAGGAGUCUCUGCUGGGCUGGCUCUGAUUCUUAUCUCUGGUGGUUUAAUUCUCAAAUGGUAUUCUGAUAGAAAAGAGAAGAUACAAAAUUCAAGCCUCAUCACUUUGGCCAACCUUUCUCCUUCAGGGUUGGCAAAUGCAGCAGCAGAGGGGAUUCACUCAGAGGAAAACAUCUAUAUCAUUGAGGAAAAUGUAUAUGAAGUGGAGGAUCCAUACGAGUAUUACUGCUCCGUCAACAGUGGGCAGCAAUCCUAA